UGCCCAAUGAACGGUUGAGUACGUGACUACGCAGCUGCUGAAGAAUUUUUCCCCAAAUCUUCAAAUUACUUCACCCCACAUACAUCCCAGGGGAAAAGGAGGUUUGUCUACGUAAACUUAUGAGGGUUUUGAAGAAUUUACACUAUGUUAUCUCCCAAUUAAAGUUUCGAUCUUUAUCGGUCUAGGGUUUUAUGGUCAUCGCCUUCCAAUUUUCACGUUUUUAUUGAGAUCCAAUUCAAUAGUGUUGUUGUUCGAUUCAUUCGCAUUAGGGUUCGUUUCAUUUUCUUCUAUUUUUUUAUUGGUGUCGGAUUUCUUCUUUACAAAUGAGGUUGUUUUUGGGCGUUUGAUAUCAAACAGUUUGAACUCUAACAGAGUUUUGGUAUUGAUCUUCCAUCUUGGGUCAGACAUUUUUUUGGUUGUAAUUUAGAGCUUGGGUCCUAAGAAAGUUGUUUGAUCUGUUUUUUUUUUGUUUUGGUUCUUCAUUUUUUAAAUUUCUGUUCCUGGGGCAACAAUUGGAAAUUUAGCUUAAUUUGAUUAGAAGUAGAAAAGAGAAUGUCUGCUUCAGGAAUGGAUUAUGGUCGGGAAAGCGGUGGUGCCGGCACAAUUCUAACACCAGCAAGAUUUGUGUGGCCUUAUGGGGGAAGAAGUGUAUACUUGAGUGGCUCUUUUACAGGGUGGUCUGAACAUUGGCCGAUGACCCCCGUUGAGGGUUGCCCUACGGUAUUUCAGACGAUAUGCAGCUUACCACCUGGUUAUCAUCAGUAUAAAUUUAUUGUUGAUGGUGAGUGGCGGCAUGACGAGCACCAACCUUUUGUAACUGGUAGUUAUGGUACUGUGAAUACUGUACUCUUAGCUAGGGAACCUGACUAUACUCCUGCAGUCUUGAGCCCACAUACAACUUCUGGUUCAAGCAUGGAUGUGGACAAUGAGGUCUUUCAGCGAGUGGUAAGGAUGUCAGACAGUACAUCUCACGAGCCGUUGCCAAGGAUAUCAGAAGCAGACCUGGAGGUAUCUCGUCACCGGAUUUCUGUAUUCCUGGCUACACAUAUGACCUAUGAGCUGCUUCCUGAGUCUGGCAAGGUCAUUGCCUUAGAUGUUGAUUUACCUGUAAAGCAAGCAUUUCAUAUUCUUUAUGAGCAGGGAAUUUCUACAGCUCCUCUUUGGGACUUCUGCAAGGGUCAGUUUGUUGGUGUUUUAAGUGCAUUGGAUUUUAUUUUAAUUAUGCGGGAGCUUGGUAAUCAUGGGUCCAAUCUGACAGAGGAAGAACUUGAGACGCAUACUAUAUCUGCUUGGAAAGAAGCGAAGUUAUAUCUCAAUAAACAAGCCAUCAAGCAUGGUAAAAUACUUUCUAAAAGACUAGUGAAGGCUGGGCCAGAUGAAAAUUUGAAAGAUGUCAGUUUAAAGAUACUGCAGAAUCGGGUAGCUACAGUUCCCGUUACUCAUUCACCCUCCGAUGAUGGUUCAUAUCCACAGCUAUUAUAUCUUGCCUCCCUUUCUGAAGUACUAAAACUUGUUUGCAGAUACUUUAGACAUUCUACAAGCUCAUUGCCCAUAUUGCAACUGCCAAUUAGUUCCCUUCCUUUGGGUACAUGGGUUCCAAAAAUUGGAGAAUCAAAUAAACAGCCAUUGGCAGUACUAAGACCAAGCUCUUCUCUUAGCGCAGCAUUGAAUUUGUUUGUGCAAGCUGAAGUUAGCUCUAUUCCCAUUGUUGAUGACAACGACUCGUUAUUGGAUGUAUACUCUCGAAGUGACAUCACUGCUUUGGCAAAAGAUAAAGUUUAUACACACAUUAACCUUGAAGAAAUGACUAUUCAUCAAGCUUUGCAGCUGGGACAAGAAUUGUACUCUUCUUAUGGGGCAACCACACAAAGAUGCCACAUGUGCCUACGCUCAGAUUCCCUGCAUAAAGUUAUGGAAAGAUUAGCAAAACCAGGGGUAAGACGAGUUGUGAUUGUGGAAGCUGGAAGCAAACGAGUAGAAGGUAUCAUUUCCCUAAGCGACGUAUUCAGGUUUCUGCUAAGCUAAUGGAUGCAGCAGCGCAGCAGCAACCGUAAUUCUUCACGAUUCUUUCAAGCAUACAAUUGCAAUUUGGCGUCACGUUUAGGUCAAGCGUAUUAGUCUCAAGAGCAAAGACGUGUAAAUCCCAAUUGUGUUCUGUUUGUUAAUCACCGUUACUCGACUUGCGUUUGUGCCUUGCUAGUUUUGCCACUUUGUGGAAUGCAGUUUUAUCUGGCAACUUUUGUGUUUGUUACAGAAAAAACUUGUGAAAUGGUGGUUGUAUGAGCUGAAAUUGUUGGUUUCAUUCAUUUAUUGGUGAAAAAAGAACUUUUGUACAAUGGGAUGUGUUCUUUUUGGAUAACCAUAGGUAUCCGGUACAACUUCGGGCCAUCUUGCAUGCGCCUUGAAUGAUUGCGCUUGGUAUUUAGGCGAGACUCGACAGGAUUGAACGGGCGAGAGUGAGGUAGACGGGUGAAAUAAUUGUGCAAGGUUUAGGAUUUUUAUUU